AUGAGAGAAAUUGGAUUUAUAGAGGCGUCAGAUCCAAUGAAUGUAUCACCAAUACUUGCCAAAGAAAGUCGUGGCAAUUAUCCAAUAAUGCUGAAAAAACUUAUCAAAGAGUUAUUAACCAAUAAUUCCAAUAAUGGAGUUUUGGAGGAAUUGAAUCCAACUAACUAUUUUCAUCUCUCAAAUAUGAUAGACCAAGCCGAAGCAAAAAGAGUUAAACCCAGCUAUGGUAAGAAUGGAGCUAAUGCUCUCGUUAAAGAAGAAAUUAGGAAACAAACCGAAACAAAAUUUUCUGAUUUUGUAUCAGGUAAUAAAUGCGUUUUAUCAUUUCCUGCGCCACAUUACUGCGCCAGAUGGACAUUUUUGAAUAAUAAAAGUAGUUUAUACGCUUGGGACUGGUUAGAAAAUUUAAAUAAAGAAAAAUGGACGAAACAAUUGAUAGGAGAGUUCGUAGAACCCUUCAGUAGCCCUUCUUUGGACGAUGAAGAUGAAUGCUUUCGAGGAAAUGGAGUUUCAAGACCAAAAAAAGUAUCUCUGCAGGAUGCUAGUUAUCUUGGCCGACAAAAUUACGAUGAUGAAUACGAGAAAAGCGUAUCGCCCAUCAGCAGUAAAUGUAACUAUUUCGGCGGCGGAAAAGGGAAGGAACAUAAAAUUUAUGUUCGGGAGUUCAAUUCGCACGUCAGAAAAGAACAACCAGUUAAUAGCACUGUCGAGGGCGGAAUCUAUACCGAUACUAAAGUAGUGCCAUUCGAAUGUUGCCCAAACAAGGAGAGAAUCCGCUCGUUGCUACCAUACUUGGGGAAAUUGCGUCGAAACGGUACCUUGGCGGGCCAUGCAUGGACUAAAGAAGAACCGAAAACACCGUGUCGUCUUGUGGUCCCAGACAUUCAAUGUGUCAGAGAGAGAAUUUCGAAGACAAUGUCCCCUGUGCCGGAGGGUGAGGAGCAGGAUGAAUAUCGAGAAGUUAGCAAUAAUUCGAGGAAUCCGCUAAUGAUUGUUGAAAUGAUCGCAAAUAAAUUAGAUCGUAAACGCGUUGCAGACCGUCCAGUAUGGGGUUUAGAUUUCGAUGGGUCUAUUAUUAAAUCCAAUGAAGUCGUGAUAAAUACGAAUGAUAUGUGA